AUGACGUUGGAUCCUCAGUCGCAACCCAGAAGUGUUUCGGUUUCCAUAAGUUCCAACUCUUCGUAUACCAAGACUGGUGUACCUGCUGACAAGGUGCGCGAACAAUUAAGAACUGCGUCCUAUGGAAGCAAUUUUUUCCAGGGAAACGCUACUGGUGAUGAUGAUGCUAGUGACUCCAAAGUAGCCGCGGCCGAAAAGGACUCGGAAUUGGAUAUCGUUGGUGCUUUGGGCAACCUAGACCUUGACGAGUCCAAUGAUCCAGAGCAAACUGCCAGUGCCAUUUCGGAGGACAUCCCAAAGUCGACUACUCCGUUCACCAUGAACCAGCUGCAGUUUUGGGAUCCUUCGUACCAGAGCCACCCUCACUACAGCCAACAGUUCUAUCCACCAUACCAGCACCUUCCUACCGGAUCUUUAACCCCGAACGAUGUAUCAGGUGUGGGAGCUGGAGCUGGAGCAGGCUCAUCCGCAAGAGGUGGCCUCAAGUCAACUCCUUCCACAUGGAGCAGUAACAGCUUUAUUCCGGCCUCAGCACCCCCAUUUAUGUAUUCAGGUGAAUCCGAUUUAACUGGUGCCCUCUCUUCCAUCAAACCAUUUGAAUUGCCAGAAGAUAAAGAGAAUUUGAGCCUGUUUGGCAACAAUGCAUCUACCAACACGAGCAACUCUUCUUCUACAUCUACUCCUACGCCUAGCGGGCAAAGUGGUCCAGUAGGUACCGGGUUCCAAGGGUUAGUCCAACCAUACUUCACUACAGAUGGAUUGAGAGAAGCGCCAUUCAUUAAAGAGGGCGACAAGCUGGCUUCUCCCGUAAAUGCACAAAUUGUUGGAACUGGGUCUAGAGCUAGCGGAGUACCAAUUUUUCCUGAUUUCAUGCCAUUCAAGAAUCCGGCUCCUGCUCUUAACAACAAUAGCAAUGCCUUGAACUUAUCCUCGCCAAUGCAUCACCCUCAUCAAAUACAUCAGAUGUAUCAUCAUCCUCACCAACAAGAGCAGCAGAUGGAUAUGUGGAGCCAAUACCAGCCAAAUAUUCAAAAUGCUCCUAUGGAGUCAGGAAAUUACAGAAGAUAUAACAACAAUGGCAAUAAUAACAACAACGGUGGAAAUAACAAUAAUAACAAUAAUUCAAACGUUUCGAAUUACAAACAACAUCGUUUCGCUAAUGAUUCUAUGAAUGUUCAUCGUAAACUUCAUAACAAUACACAUAAAAGAAAAGGAGAUGAUGCUUCCAAAUAUGCCAAUGCUAAAUUGGAAGAUUUCUCUGGAGAUAUUUAUUCUUUAUGCAAAGAUCAACAUGGUUGUAGAUUUUUGCAACGUCAAUUAGACUUAGGAAGAGAUACGAAGAAAAAUAACUCCAAUGGAUCUGUUCUUAGCAACGAAGUGGCCGCUACCAUGAUAUUCAACGAGAUUUAUCUCAAAAUUAUCGAACUUAUGACCGACCCAUUUGGUAAUUACCUUAUCCAAAAGCUUUUCGAAAAUGUUUCAGUAGACCAAAGGAUAAUUCUUGUCAAGAAUGCCCUGCCAGAUUUCAUUAGAAUUGCAUUAGAUCCACAUGGUACUAGAGCAUUGCAAAAGCUCGUAGAAUGUAUCACCACAGAGGAAGAAUCCAACUUGAUCAUAUCUCUGCUUUCUACCCAUAUUGUUCCAUUGUCAAGAGAUCUCAACGGGAAUCACGUUGUUCAGAAAUGUUUACAGAAAUUGAAGCCACUGGAAAACCAAUUUAUAUUUGACACCGCUUCUGAACAUUGCAAUGAGAUUGCUACGCAUAGACAUGGGUGUUGUGUUUUGCAGAGAUGCUUAGAUCAUGGUAAUGCCCAACAAAUUAGGCAAUUGAGCUUUAAGGUUGCUGAGAACGCUACCAACUUGUCCUUGGAUCCUUUUGGGAAUUACGUUGUUCAAUACGUUUUAAGUAGAGGAGAUGAUCAACUGAUUGAUAAGAUCUUACAGCAUAUUAAGUUGAACGUUAUCUCAUUGAGUUUACAUAAGUUUGGGUCUAACGUUAUUGAGAAAUCUCUUCGUAUCAACAAAUUAUCCAAUAGCUUGAUUGAAGUUUUGUUGUUGAACAAAAAUAGAUUUGGUGAAAUGUUAAAUGACGCAUACGGGAACUACGUAUUGCAAACCAGUUUAGAAGUUGCAAACCAACAAGAUUUGGCUAAAUUAAGUGCCAGCUUACAACCAUUGUUACCAAACAUCAAAAAUACGCCCCAUGGUAGAAGAAUCAUGACCAAGAUUCAACAACUUUAG